UCUCUCAUUCAACUCAACGGGCGUAACUGCAAGGAAAUUACCUAACUUUUAGCUCGGGUCGCCUCUCCCUCUCUCGGUAACGCUAGCUGUGAACCCCACCAGGCUUGGCAGGAUUAUGGCUGUGACUGAGGAAGAAGAACCCAACUUUCACCGCCUCUCUUGAGAUUUUUUUUCAAACAGUUUGUCGGCGAAACCUUUAAAAACCCCCAAUAUAAACACUUUCCUCCUCACAUUUCUCACCUACUACGCCAUACCUUGUGUUUCCUUUUCCCUCUAGGAACCUAAACGAAACAAGUACCCCAUUGAUCCUUGAAACUAGACAAAUGGAGCCAGAUGAGGAAAAAUCCCCAAAAUCGUCUAGUAAACCUUCCGAUUCAUCUUCUACACCGGAACCGGAGAAGAAACCGUCCUUGUCACAGCCAUUGAUUGGUUCUCGAAUGUUCCCUCCGGGGUCAUUGAGUAUGGAGGAUUUGAGCUACUCUGAUUCUCCUUUGCCUGCAUCAGUCGCUUCUCCUUUAACGGAAUUCGGAGCAUUCUCUGCCACAAAUGAAUCAGUUUAUUCUCCUUUGGAGAUGUAUGAAUUCGGAGCAAAUCCUAUAUCUGAAAGAGUUCCUACAGGAAAAUCUAGUGCAGUAGAUACAGGUGAUUACGCGGAGGAGAACGUUGGGGUGCCUCAUCCUCUUGCGAGCUUACAGGAGAUUCCGAUACCGCCGUUUCUCUCGAAAACUUAUGAUCUGGUGUGUGAUCGGUCGCUGGACCCGAUAAUCUCGUGGGGAACCACAGGGGAGAGCUUUGUGGUGUGGGACCCUGUGGAGUUCGCUAGGGUCAUACUGCCUCGGAAUUUCAAGCACAACAAUUUCUCCAGUUUUGUUCGGCAACUUAAUACUUAUGGGUUCCGCAAGAUUGAUAGUGAUAAGUGGGAAUUUGCCAAUGAAGCUUUCCGGCGAGGUGAGAGACACUUGUUGAAGAAUAUCCAGAGGCGCAAGUCACCCCAAUCCCAGCAGGUUGGUAGCCAUAAUGGGCCUUUUACUGAAGCUGGAAAGUCAGAACUGGAAAGUGAGAUAGAAAGAUUGAGGAAAGAGAGGAGUAUGAUGAUGCAAGAGGUUGUAGAACUGCAGCAGGAGCAGCAUGGAGUUGUUCAUCAUGUGCAAGCAGUGCAUCAAAGGCUUCAGGGAGCAGAGCAGAGGCAGAAGCAGAUGAUUUCAUUCUUGGCAAAGUUGUUUCAGAAUCCAGAAUUCUUGGCCCGCCUUAGGCAAAAGAAGAAACAGGGAGAUGUUGGUUUAUCAAGGAUAAAGAGGAAGUUUGUCAAGCACCAGCAACGUGAACCAGGUCAAUCUGAAUCACCUGCGGAAGGGCAUAUUGUGAAGUACAGACCUGAGUGGACAAACCUCUCAUCAUCCACUCUAGUCCCAGAUGUAAGCCCUGCUCCUGUUGAACAAACCUGUGAUUACAUCUUCCAAGAAAUGGUAGAAAUGGGUAAAGAUGCUGAAGGCAUGGCUUUUCAACUUGAGAAUGUUCCACCCAAUGAGUCUGCCAUAUCAGAUGAACUAGCAUUAGCACAAGGAUAUAUCAAAACUCUAGAGCAGUUUCAAGAAGGCGAAUCAAACUUGGGGAGUGAAGAUCUGCAGAUUAAAGGAAAGAAUGUUAUCAGUCCAGAACAAAAAGUUCCUCCUGAAUAUCUUGUUUCUUUCCCUGAGGACUUGGCAACAGAGAAGAAUUUUCCAGAAUUUUCAUCUAGUGGGAUUGAAAGACAGGAGGAUGUAUGGACCAUGGGAUUUGACAACCAAGCUGGUAUGUCUAGUUCUAGUCAAGAGUUAUGGGGUAAUCUUGUCAACUAUGAUGUGCCAGAGUUAGGAUCAACUGGUGGUUUCUCGGAUAUCUGGGAUUUAGGUUCUAUACAAGUGGCAGGAAGUUCAGGUGUUCAGAACUGGCAGGCUGAUGAACAUCCUGUUAAUGAGCCUGACAGUCAUGCUAGCCAGCCAGGAGAUGAUAAAUCAAAGAAUAUAGAUCCAUAGGGUUCAUUAGCAUCAGCACAUGGUGCCCUAGUGGAUUUUUUUUGUCAUUUAGGCAGAGGGUGUAUCAGUUGAACAUUACAUGCUAUUAUUUGAUUGAAUACCAGCUCUCAUUCUUUCUUGAUUUUCAAA